UUUGGGGAGGGGCGCCCGCCGGGCCCGCGCGGCCGCUCCGGGUCCCGGGCCGGUGUGCGGGCGCCCGGGCAGUGGGCGGCUCAGACGGGGCUUGUUCCUUGCGGCCGGCGGGCCCCGGGCAGCCCCGGCGCUGGCGGGAGCCGGCUGGGCCGGACGGAGGUGCCCCGCGCGCUCAGGACACGCACCUGCCGGCGUCUCGGGCUCCCCGGACGGCGAGGCCGGCGGGAGACGCCCCCGAGCGGCGCGCCUGGCCCCCGGCUAAGCUCGCCUGCCCAGCUCUGGGGGCCCCGGGGCCGCCCUGUGCGGGGCCCCCGGCGCGCGCCAUGGGCCGCUGGUAAUGGACGGCGCGGAGAAGACUCGACCCUGCCGCGUCCGUGUUCGUUCGAGGGUCUAAAGUCCCUGGAGGAUGACCUAGCACUUCCCGACCCCACCGGCCUCUCGAGGGCCCCCGUGGACGCGCCGGCCCGCCUCGAAGCUGCGAGGCCGGGCGGCCCCCAAACUUGGGACGCUGCGCACGCCCGGUUUCCCGGGCUCUGGACCAGGCGCGCUUCUUGAACUCACGUUCAGUACAAUCGUUUCUUUUCCAAGAAGGGUUUUCCUUUUUUUUUUUCUUUUUUUUCCUUUUUUUGAGAUUUUGUUGACUUUUAUUUUUGGAGAAGGGAAUUUGGGGGGGGGGGAACAAACGGAAGAACCGCCCACCGCGAAGCUCAGAAAGGGGAUAAGGGACCGCCGGCGCGAGUCGGAGGCCUGGGGUCUAGGAUGGAGUUGGCGGACCCGCAGCAGCUGGGCAUGUUUACAGAGGGCGAGCUGAUGUCGGUGGGGAUGGACACGUUCAUCCACCGCAUCGACUCCACCGAGGUCAUCUACCAGCCCCGCCGCAAGCGGGCCAAGCUCAUCGGCAAGUACCUGAUGGGGGACCUGCUGGGGGAGGGGUCGUACGGCAAGGUGAAGGAGGUGCUGGACUCGGAGACGCUGUGCCGGAGAGCCGUCAAAAUUCUCAAGAAGAAGAAGUUGCGGAGGAUCCCCAACGGGGAGGCCAACGUAAAGAAGGAAAUCCAGCUGCUGAGGAGGUUACGGCACAAAAACGUCAUCCAGCUGGUGGACGUGCUGUACAACGAGGAGAAGCAGAAGAUGUAUAUGGUGAUGGAGUACUGCGUGUGCGGCAUGCAGGAGAUGCUGGACAGCGUGCCCGAGAAGCGCUUCCCCGUGUGCCAGGCCCACGGGUACUUCUGCCAGCUGGUGGACGGCCUGGAGUACCUGCACAGCCAGGGCAUCGUGCACAAGGACAUCAAGCCCGGCAACCUGCUGCUCACCACGGGUGGCACGCUCAAGAUCUCUGACCUGGGCGUGGCCGAGGCCCUGCACCCGUUUGCCGAGGACGACACGUGCCGGACAAGCCAGGGUUCCCCUGCGUUCCAGCCGCCCGAGAUCGCCAACGGCCUGGACACCUUCUCUGGCUUCAAGGUGGACAUCUGGUCAGCUGGGGUCACACUCUACAACAUCACGACAGGCCUGUACCCGUUCGAGGGGGACAACAUCUACAAGCUGUUUGAGAACAUCGGGAAGGGGGACUACACCAUCCCAGGGGACUGUGGCCCCCCACUCUCAGACCUGCUCAAAGGGAUGCUGGAAUACGAACCGGCCAAGCGGUUUUCCAUACAGCAGAUCCGGCAGCACAGCUGGUUCCGGAAGAAGCACCCGCCGGCCGAGGAGCUGGUGCCCAUCCCGCCGAGCGCGGACUGCAAGGACCGGUGGCGCGGCAUGACGGUGGUGCCCUACCUGGAGGACCUGCAUGGCUGCGCCGACGCCGCGGAUGACGAGCUCUUCGACAUUGAGGACGACAUCAUCUACACUCAGGACUUCACGGUGCCCGGUCCCGGAGGAGGAGGAGGCCGGGCGGAGCGCACAGAGCCGGGGCCCGCCCAAAGCCGUGUGUGUGAAUGGCACCGAGUCAGCCCAGCUGAGCACCAGGUCGAGGGCGGAGCGCAGGGCCAGCGCUGCCUCCAACCCCGCCCGCAAGGCCUGCUCGGCCAGCAGCAAGAUCCGCCGGCUGUCGGCCUGCAAGCAGCAGUGAGGGUGGCCGCCUGCAGGGAGCUGCCCCUGAAACACCCCCCGCCAAAGAAUUUGUCUGCCAGCAUCAGAACCAGCCAGCCUGUCUCCAGGAGUCCCGGCCAGGUCCUGCUCAGUCUUCCUGCCGACUGCUGGCCUGCCGCCCACUGCCCAGGAAGGCCGCCGCUGCACCCUUCGUGCGGACCGCCCCUCCGGAAGCCGGAGGGUCCUGGAGGGCUGUGGUUGGGGGACAGCAGGGACUGGGGUCCGCCCUCCCCUGCUGGCCGGUGGACGCGACCUCCUGCUGACUGCAAUCCUGUGCUGAGCCCCUUCCCCCGGCUGGGGGAGGAGGGAGAGGGCCAGGCGCGGCCCCACGCCAGCCCUCGCCAUGCACUUUACGUUGAGACUACUGGUUCUCGCCCGCCCCGACCCCUCUUUUUACUCUGCCGCUCGUUAGCGCCUCCCGCACCUGGUGAUGUGUUCCCACCAGCCGCAGCCGCAGCGGGACGGGCAGGACAAGCGGGCCUGUCGACCGAGAUGCAUGCCCAGUGCCCAGGGGAGCCCGGCGGCUGCCUUGUUUUAUUUGGUUGGUUCUUUUUUCUUCUCCUUUUUUAAGAAAAAAUAAAACAGGUGGAUUUGA